UUAUAUUCCACAUUUAUUUCCUUUUCUGGUCCGCCCCUUUCUCUUCUCUUCCCCUCUGCUCACCCAUAUCCACCCUUCACUCCAGACCCCGCAACCUCAAAACCCUAGACCUCUGCCCAACAAACCGUUCAACACUCUCUAUUUCCGAAACAUAUCUCAGUCAAUAUUGCGAAGAUCUAGUAUCAUCUGUGUUGAAAAAUUCGACGGCAAAGAACAAAGGUUCGGAGAAUCGGAACAUGGCGGGUUCGUCGACGACGAGUACUGUGUAUGUCCACGUCAUCGAAGAUGUCAUCAACAAGGUCCGAGACGAGUUCGUCAACAACGGUGGUCCAGGCGAUGGUGUUCUCCACGAGCUUCAAGGAAUUUGGGAAAUGAAAAUGAUUCAAGCCGGUGCUAUAUUGGGUCCGAUAGAUAGGGCUCCCAAGCUGGCACCAGGGGGCCCUAUUACUCCUACUGUUCACGAUCUUAAUGUACCUUAUGAAGGGACUGAGGAAUAUGAAACUCCCACCGCUGAGAUACUCUUCCCUCCAACACCAUUGCAGACUCCCAUCCAAACACCUUUACCAGGAAUGGCACAAACACCUUUACCGGGGACGGUACAAACACCUUUGCCUGGAACAGCAGACAACUCACCAUAUAACAUUCCUACCGGUACUCCCAUCACCCCCAGUGACUAUAAUUCGGUAAAUGAUAGUGGUGGUGUCACAGAGAUGAAAGCUGGGAGACCUAGUCAGUACAUGCAACCACCUUCUUCUUGGAUGAAUCAGAGGCCCCCUCUUAGUGUCGAUGUUAAUGUUGCUUACGUGGAAGGGCGGGAAGAAGCAGACAGGGGACAAAACGCAGACAGGGGACAAAAUCAUCAACCCACGACACAGGACUUCUUCUUGAUGUCUGCUGGAAAGCGGAAACGUGAGGAUUUCGCUUCGCAAUAUCAUACUGGUGGAUACAUUCCACAGCAAGAUGGAGCUGGAGAUGCUAUAUCAGCCCACAUUGAGGCAAAUAAAGGGGGCUACACCCGUCGUGACGUGGUCAGUGCUGCCAACCCUGAGAUGGUUGCACAUGGGGCGAGGUUGUCUCCUAGGAUUCCUCAACUGGAUGGGCCGAUUCCUGAUGCAUACGAUGAUAUGCUUUCUACACCCAAUAUAUACAAUUAUCAAGGAGUUGUCAAUGAAGAUUACAAUAUAGUGAAUACACCAGCACCAAAUGAUUUACAAGCAGCUACUCCUGCUGUUGUCGCUCAGAAUGAUGUUGGAGAUGAAGACGAUGACGAUGAGCCCCUGAAUGAAAAUGAUGAUGAUGAUUUGGAUGAUGUGGACCAAGGAGAGGAGCUAAACACCCAUCAUUUAGUUUUGGCCCAAUUUGACAAGGUGACUCGUACAAAGAGCAGGUGGAAAUGCACUCUAAAGGACGGGAUUAUGCACAUUAAUGACAAAGACAUUCUCUUUAAUAAGGCCACCGGAGAGUUUGAGUUCUGAUUUUGUUAGGAAAAAAGUCAUUCGGCAAUGAGCUGCAGUUGCUCAAGGGACCAAAUCUGGAGAUUUUGUCUUGUAUUUCCCAUAAUUAUGAAUUAAUGAAAGAUUGUCGGAACAAUGUGAGAUGUUUUAUUAUUUUAGAGGGGUUGGAUGCUUGACCAGUUGUAUAUAAAGGUAGAGCAAUUUUUGCCCUAAAUUGACGGCCACAUGAAGCUUAAUGUUUUAUGACAGAAUGCAUGAUUCUGUUCACUGUAUACUUGGACAUCUUGGUUAAUUUACAACGAUUUCACGUUUUGUUUUCA